UUUUUUUUUCUUUACUCUCAUCCAUAUUCUUUAUAAUUCCUUUGAUAUAAAUAUAAGAAACAAGGAAACAUGUCAACUAUCUUAACUGAAUUUAAUCCUUCUUUCAAGACUCAUCAGUCAAAUCCCAACAAUGGAAAUAAAACUACCAUGUUUACAUGUCUUGCUUGUCAAGUAGCUUUUCCUACCUCUGAAAGACAAAGGAACCAUUAUCGCACUGAUUGGCAUAAAUAUAAUUUAAAACGUAAAGUUGCCAAUUUAUUGCCUGUUACUGCGGAACAAUUUAAUCAAAAAGUUCUAUCACAACAAGCACAAAAUAGAGAAGAAUUAGAAAAACAAGGUCUUGUAUAUGAAUGUCAACUUUGCAAAAAAUCUUAUUUCUCUGAAAAUGCUUUUAAUAAUCACAUUCAAUCAAGGAAGCAUAUUGAAUUACAACAAAAGGCAAUAAAUGAUGAAGACACUGAAAUGGCUUUUAAUAAAAUGGAUGAAAACCCCGUUACUAACGAACAAAGGAGAAGAACAACAAGAGUUGUAAAUCCCCUCUUAGAUUGUCUAUUUUGCUGUGAGGAAUAUUCUGAUUUCGAUACCAAUCUUAGUCAUAUGUUAAAAUCGCAUGGCUUUUUUUUACCUGAUAUAGAAUACUUGAAAGAUAAGGAAGGACUCAUUCAAUAUCUUUCGAACAAGAUAAAUAAGGAUUAUUUGUGUCUGUAUUGUAAUGGUCGAGGUAAAGAAUGGCAAUCAGCAGCUGCAGUUCGAGCUCAUAUGUUAGAUCGCGGGCAUUGUAAAAUGGCUUAUGAUGAAAGUGAAGAUCCAGAAGAAUUAUUAAAGUACUAUCACUUUGAUUUUACUGAAGUAAAUCCAAUGGAUAUUGAUAAAGAUCAUGAACUUGCCUUAGAAAACGGUCUUAAGCUCGGUCACCGUAAAUUUCUUAAAUAUUAUAAGAGAAGCCAUAAUAGAAAGAUACAAGGUCAUCCAUCUGAAGAAGAACAACAAACUGCUGUUGAUAAACCCGAAAGUCUUCGUAGAAAAGAAAGACGCCAUCUAACUAUUACAGAUGGUAAAGAGCAAGAUAUUAAAAGAACAGCAAACGGUAUUAAAGAAGCUACUGUCCGUAAUGAAUUUUUCAAGCAGCUCUCUGUUAAGCAAAAUAAUAACCAAACACUGCGUGCUCGUAUUCAAAAUCCCAAAUAAUUGGUUAUUUAUAUUAAAAUUCUCGUUUUAAACUAGUUGAAUACUUUCCUAGACUAAAUAAAACUAAAAUCAGUAGAACUUCAUUGUUCUAAUCCGCACAGUUAAAGAAGAAGGAAAAAAAGAAAAUAUCUUGUAUCAUCACAUCUUUAGACUAAAAGUAAUCAUUCAUUCGAUAUUUUCAGUAAGAAGUUAUCUUUUCUAAUAAGCCUUAUAUAUUUAAUUGUUGAUCUUUAAUAGUCAUCCUUUUUUUUUUAAUAAAGAGUUUAAUCUAUACAGACUUAAACAAGUCCUAGGAACAGCC